AUGGAUGACACGACGAAGACAAGGACGUUUAUGAGAGGUGACGUAAAAAACGCGAGAGCUGAAGAAUUACUGGCGCUAUUGAAAGCGGAACGCGAGAUGAAUGACUCGACAGAGAUACCAAACACACUGAAAAAACGACCGCUAUUGCCUGCAAUACGACAAACUUCGAGGGAUGAAAGCUGUUUCGAGACGGCUAACUUUCCUGUUACGAAACUAAACUCUCGAUUUCUCUGGAAAGAUUUAGAUUGGGAAGAAACGCUUGGGAAUGAAAUUGAGAAUAGCGAACGCAGGCACAGUGAUUCUUUUAUAAAACAGAACUGGGAAAAUCCUUACGGACCUUACGAAAACACUGCAAAAAAUCUUCCACCGUUAAAGACAAGAAGUAGGAGAAACUCGCAAAAUGUUGUCAGGCCGGGAUGCCCAGAGCCUCCAAUGACCCCUUGUUUUGAUGAAAGUUCACACUGGUGA